AUUUUUUUUGUUGUUAAUACUAAAAUGUUUAAUUUUCUUCCCAUUUCUUGUGAGCAUUCAAACAAAAGAAUUAUGUAUUGUGAUUUGAACUCCAUUCGCUUCUAAAAGAAACUGGAGCAUAAUCAUCCCUAUAAAUACCAAUGGGCAGCACAGUGUUUGAAAUUUCUCUACCGUAGGUGUCGUGCUGUGAGUAAUACGUCAAUUCGAUCUCUGCUCGACUUCCCUCUUCAAAGCUUGGAAGUGUAUUUAUCUGUUCUUGAUGGAUCGUUUGACUCUCCUGCACACAGAUCUGGUCAGUUGCUUCCACCUUUCAUCCUAAAAUUGAUUGAAUUUGAUGAUCGUUUAAGGAAUCAAUCAUCCAAUAGCAUCGACUUUCGAUUUCGCCUUUCGGGUAUGUUCAAUUCAUUCCCGUCUCGAUACCCAUCGCCUAGAUUUGUGAUAUCAUGAGCAAUUUUUCAUAUGGGUCCUCGAGUCCCAACUCCUUCAAUGCAUAUACAAGAGGCGAUUUCGAUUUAGAAUCUGGAGGAACCCUAAAAAGAAUUCGAAAGACCAAAUGUUCCCCAAUCUAUCUCGUUAGAAUGUUCAAAUCUGUUAGUAACCGGAUCCACUACUAUUACAAGUUGCAUCCGGUUGUAGUUUUGUUCAUCUGUUUGUCAAUUGGAGUUACACUUCUGUUAAUCCUGUCUGUGUACGAAAACCACUAUCGAAUGACCAAUUAUUACGAGAAAUUGAAUGUAAAUUCGGAGGGAUUCCCAUUCCCGAAGCUUCAGAAUCUUGUAAUGGUUGCGGGUCAUUCGGUUUAUGUAAGCAGUAGCUGUGAGAAGGUUGAGAAGGAAGAUUCAUGGGUUUUGGAGUCGUAUCAGAAGCAUCCAGGCCAAGCUGCUACGUUUAUUUCACAUAUUAAAGAGGGAAUUGAGACUGCAGCGAGGGAUGAUGCUGCAUUGUUGCUGUUUAGUGGUGGAGAGACUAGAAAAAAUGCUGGUCCUCGAAGUGAGGCACAGAGUUAUUGGGCUGUUGCUGAAUCUCAACAAUGGUUUGGGAAGAAGGAGAAUGUGAGGUCAAGAGCACUCACAGAGGAGCAUGCCAGGGACAGCUUUGAGAAUCUCCUAUUCAGCGUUUGUCGGUUCCGGGAGCUAACUGGAAAAUAUCCUCAAAACAUUACCGUGGUAAGCUACGAUUUUAAAGAGAAGAGAUUUGCNGGGCAAGACAGGUCGGGAAAUUGGGUGGGGACGAAGACAAAAAUAUAA